CAUUGUUUUUUAUAGAAGUAGCAAGAUGAGCACCUAUCUACAGAGCAGCGAGGGCAAGUUCAUCCCGGCCACAAAACGGCCGGAUGGCACAUGGCGCAAGGCGCGUCGCGUCAAAGAUGGCUAUGUUCCCCAGGAAGAGGUGCCGCUGUACGAGAGCAAGGGCAAACAGUUCGUGGCCCAGCGCCAGGCCGGAGUGCCGCCUGGCAUGUGUCCCCUGGUGGCCGCCGAGUCGAAGAAAGAGCGCGAGAAGCAGGAAAGGACCAGAGCCAAAAAGCAAGAAAAGGAUACCGUUAGGCAGUCAAAGGUGCCAACGCCUGUUGGGCGUGUUAUGCCGCCCAGCACGUGUCCGCCGCUAAAAGUCAAUCAGCAACCCUCUGGCAGCCGGGACAUCAACGCGAUAUCCAAGGCACUUGAGGACAGCCUUAAGCUGGAUGGAACUCAGGAUCAGGAUCCCGCUAAGCAAUUGAAAAAGCUGCGCAAGAAAAUCCGAGAAAUCGAGCAGAUCGAGAGCAGAAUUCAAGCCGGCGAACAGAAAAAACUAGAAAAAGACCAGCUAGACAAGGUGAAAAAGAAGUCGGAGAUACUGCGACAAAUCCAGGCCUUGGAGACAGAGCCGCGUUCGUAGCCCUAAGUUCCAGUUAACCCAUAUACUGCUGUAUCCCCUCACUUUGUGAACAAAUCUCCGACUAGAUGUCGCGCCGCCUCCACACAAAAAAACGUACAUGCCUAUGUCUGUUAAAUAGUUAUAUUAGUUUUAGCCGAAGAUGUCAAAGCCAUUUAGUAAUAUCGAUCUAUUUUAUUAAUGUGUGUCUGUCUUAAAACCUAGUUUAUACGAAUGGAGCAAUGCCGCGUUUAUUUAUAUAUAGGUAACUUUGUAAAUCAGAUUUAAUAAAUUAAACCCAUUUGAA